AUGGCUCACAGAUUAAGUGCUGAGGGUCUGAGGCGCGCCUGUCUCCACAUUCGACUGGCCACAGAGCGAGCGCAGAGAGAAAGGCAGUCGUACGGAGCUGUGCUGGCCGCUCGGCAGUCCUGGGAUUCCUGGCCAGAUGUGUGCACCCCAGAGAGAGCUGAACAAGCCUCUUUACUGCUCCAGUCUGAGGACCACGAGCACAAAGUGGAGGCGCUGUCGCAAACACCGCAGCAGGCUUUACUGCAGCUGCUGGUGCUGACGCAGGAGCAGGAGAGAAGACAGCUGAUGGCACUGCUACACACACUCCGCCAAGAGGAAAUACAAGGGCCCUCAUGCACUCAGCAGGGCCCCAAAGAAGGCACGUCAACUGCGGAAGAAGGAGUCAUCACCAAAGUCCAGCCAUUUAUUUGGGUGGGAGGAGGCCGUGAUCUGAGGGCGGACUGUGUGCGGAAACUCCAACUCAUCCACUCACACCUGAAGAGCCAGGGUCAGAGCCAGCCCAGGACACAGGACUGUGGACAAGUGCUCCUCAUGGAUCUGCUGAGACUGCAGGACGUCCAGGCCUCUGUGCUGCUGUCUGUGCUGUUAGACAUGAGUCCGGACGCUCUGCCAUCUCUCCUGGAGGACUGGAGGUGUUCUCUACAGGCGCAGUGUGAGUCCAACCUGCACCAGCUGCUGUCCUCAGCCCAGCCAGAGACAGCAGCGGAGCAGAGCAGCAGUGUGACAUCAGCAGGGCAGUGGUGCAGCAGUGUGACAUCAGAAGAGGAGCAGAGGAGCAGUGUGGGUGCACCGGCUGCAGAAGCUUCAGCACAACAUGAUCUCUGUGCAGACUGUGGGGCAACCAUUGUCGCUCUGCCCUACUUGGAGGUUCUGGGCGCGUCUGACAUCAGCGUCGAUCCAAACACAGCUGAAGAAGAACCAGAGGAGCCCCAAGCCUCUCUGAUCACUAUGGCCUGGAGCAAACCAUAUGGGCUGGACUAUCCUGACCAAGGAGAGGAAGGACAAAAAGAGUCAAAUGAGAGCGAGCAACAGCAGACACAGUGUGGAACCGACACAGGAGAUGAGUUACAAGAUCACCACACACAACUGAAAGUCACCAAAUGUGAAGAGAACACAGUGCAGGUGUUGGUACCUGAUGACCUUCUGACAUCAUCCCCAAACUCCUCCUGCUCUGACGACGUGGCAGUGAGAGUGGAGGAUGAGGAGGCAGAGGGGAAGGACCCCCUGACCACUGCAGCUCCACUGUUACAGGAGACGAGGCCGGAGAUGGUUUGUUUUGGGGACAGGGAGCAGGCCAUGAGCGUCGCAGACAGGGAGCAGGCCGUGCGCAGUCUUGUGGACCUGCAAAGGAGAGUAGAGCAAAGGCAGCAGAGGGACCGGCAGAGACAGCUCCUGAAGGUCCAGGAGCGCCUCUCCAUCAUCCAGAGCAGAAAGGCAGAGGAGGAGCAGCUGGGCCUGAAGGAUCGCCUCAAACUACUCACACAUGACCUCGCACAGGAGGACCUCCAGCAGCAGAAGGCUUUAGUGAAGGAGAGACUGGAUCAGCUGAGACGAGAGCGCUCGUGCAUCUUGAUGUCCAAGAGAGACAAGAACACAGCUGGGUUUAAGGAGCUCUUGGGCCCAGCAGGACUGCACCACAUCAAGAUCAAGGAAGAUGCAGACUGA